GAACUGAUGCGGGGCGGAGCGAAGAACAGCACACACACAGGAGUAUUGUGAGGCUCAGGAACUAACCAAUUCAAUACAAUAUCAUUCUUUAAACAUACAUAACAAACCUGUAUCUGGAAAAAUGUCUUCGGAGUCAAAAGACCCUCCCCAGCUGUUUACCCCAGUUACAGUGUAUUCCCUUCUGGCUUGCGGUGUUCAGUUUGCUGUAGGUUACGUGCUGGCACAGUGUUGGGGGAGAAAGUGCUCAGCGGCUGACAGAUGGGUUAUGGUUUGGCUGUUUUAUGACGCCUUCGUGCACUUUACGCUGGAGGGUCCUUUUGUGUAUAUGUCUCUGAUAGGAACCGUUGCGACUUCUGACAACAUCUUUGCUGAUUUGUGGAAAGAAUAUGGAAAGGCCGACGAGAGAUGGCUUCACUCGCACCCCACGAUCGUAUCCAUCGAAAUCCUCACUGUGGUUUUAGACGGUCUUCUAGCCCUGGUGCUCAUUUAUGCCAUCGUCAAGGAUAAAUACUACAGGCAUUUCAUACAGAUCACACUGUGUGUCUGCGAGCUGUACGGAGGCUGGAUGACCUUCUGCCCUGACUGGCUUGAUGGAAGCCCCAACCUGAACACUGGCAGCUGGCUUUACCUCUGGGUCUACUUGGUUUUCUUCAAUGGCAUAUGGGUUGCCAUUCCAGGACUGUUACUGUGGCAAUCCUGGCUGGGGCUCCAGAGAAUGCAUCAAGCAGAGAAAAUGACUGGGAAGAAACUUAAAUAAGAAGGUAGUUUUACUGCUUCAAGUGAAUGCACGUCUGCAUAGAUAACUGGUAUUUCACAUCCAAUGCAAUUACAUUGCACACUUGAAUUUAGUGGUUAUAGGGAUUUGACUGUUGGCUAUCUUGCCUCAUAGUGGUUGGCGUGGGGAUAUUCCUGUGUCAGAGGAAUACUAAUUCUUUGUAUAUUUCUGGAAACAUUCAUCUUGUGGCUGGGGUGAAUGCUCUCUUCUUCAUGUACACUGUGCUACAGAUGCAUUCUUCAAAUCACCAGGUAAUGAAAAGGACAGAGGUUCUGUCAUGAGGACAUAAGAAAUAUUGAACUUGGAUAAAAAAAGUGCAACAUCUGCAACACGUAUGUGUUAAUAUGUACCGUUGAGCCUGUCUGUUGUACAAAACUCACUUUGGGUGGGGGACAGCAAAGUGUGAAUUGCACCUACAAGAACAUAACAAUCAACAUAGCUGUUAUCUAAAAGUGUAAAGAUGAAACCACUGCUAAAUAAUAAUGUGACAUGAAUUAAAACCCUGAUAUAACCAA